GACGGCCAGCGUGGGGCGUGCGGGGCGCCGGAGCGCACGCCGGAGGGGGGCGUGGCUGACGAGGCGCUCGGCAAAAUCCUCGGACGCCGCUCGGACCUCGGCGGCGGGGUGGCUGUGGGAUUCUGGCCUCGGAAGCCCGCCGCUCUGUCCGGUGUCCGCCAGCACAUCCUCUGACCCUGGCGGCCUCGCUUUGCGCAUUCUCAGGUCUGCAUCUACCACAUGGCAGGCCUGUUCCCACCACCGCCUGGUCCCACGUUUGUCCUCCGAGGCACACAGUCACCUGUGAACACGCUGCAUUUCUGCCCAGCAUCCCAAGCUCUGGGGAACCCACUCCUUUUCUCGGGGUCUCAGAGUGGCCUGGUGCACAUCUGGAGCCUACAGACCAGAAGAAUAGUUGCCACUCUAAAUGGCCACAGGGGCCAGGGUGUAACCUGGCUGAAGACACUGCCCCAGGGCCACCAACUCCUCAGCCAGGGCCGGGAUCUGCGGCUGUGCCUGUGGGACUUGGCAGAGGGCAGGAACACCAUCAUGGACACAGUUCAGUUGGACAGUGUGGGCUUCUGCAAGAGCUCAGUCCUGGCCAGGGGACAGCUAUGUUGGAUGCUUGCUGUGCCUGGGAAGGGCAGUGAUGAGGUUCAGAUUCUGGAGAUGCCAUCCAAGACGUCAGUGUGCACCCUGAAGCCGGAGGCAGAUGCCAAGCCAGGCAUGCCCAUGUGCCUGGGGCUGUGGCAGGCUAACUCCAGUCCCCGCCCUCUCCUUCUGGCUGGCUAUGAGGAUGGAUCGGUAACCCUGUGGGACGUCUCGGAGCGGAAGGUGUGCAGCCGAAUCGCCUGCCAUGAAGAACCUGUCAUGGGCCUUGACUUCGACUCUCAGAAGGCCAAGGGCGUCUCGGGCUCUGCCGGGAAGGUGCUGGCUGUCUGGAGUCUGGACAGCCAGCAGUCCCUGCAGGUGUACAAGACUCAGGAACUCACCAAUCCUGGGAUUGCCGAAGUCACCAUCCGGCCAGACCACAAGAUCUUAGCCACAGCAGGCUGGGACCAUCGCAUCCGUGUGUUUCACUGGAGGACAAUGAAGCCACUGGCUGUUCUGGCCUUCCACAGCGCCUCCGUGUACUGCGUGGCCUUCGCCACCGAUGGCUUGCUUGCUGCGGGGUCCAAGGACCAGCGUAUCAGCAUCUGGUCACUCUACCCCUGCCCGUGACCUCGCUGUCGGACGCUGCUGUCUUACCCCAGUGUUGACCUGGCCCUGUGGAAAGUCCUCAGGGGCCUCUGAGGACGGCAAAUGGUGGCCAAAGGUCUGUGGAAGCCACUUUCUUCCUAAGGUUCUCUGUUCAUUCAGAUGACAGUACCUGAUGACAGACACCUGGCCCUGUA